CCGGCUCGGGACGAGGCCGCAGCGGCGGCUCCGCGGGGCUGGGCCAUGGAGAGCCCCGGCGGCAGCGGCUCCCUGAGGGGCGACAUCGGUUUCUGGGCGGACCGGACGCCGGUGCACGAGGCCGCGCGGCGCGGGGAGAUCGCGCAGCUGCGGCGGCUGAUCGAGAGCGGGGCCUGCGUCAACGCCGUCACCUACGACUCCAUCACGCCCCUGCACGAGGCCAGCCUGCGCGGGCAGGCCCAGUGCGUGCGGCUGCUGCUGGAGGCGGGGGCGCAGGUGGACGCGCACAUCGACGGCAGCACGCCGCUGUGCGACGCCUGCGCCUCGGGCAGCGUCGAGUGCGUGCGGGUGCUGCUGUCGCACGGCGCCAAGGUGAACCCGCCGCUGUACACGGCCUCGCCCCUGCACGAGGCCUGCAUGAACGGCAGCCCCGAGUGCGUGCAGCUCCUGAUCGACGUGGGGGCCAACCUGGAGGCGCACGACUGCCACUUCGGGACCCCCCUGCACGUGGCCUGUGCCCGCGAGCACCUGGACUGCGCCAAGCUGCUGCUGCAGGCGGGAGCCAAUGUGAACGCGGCCAAGCUGCACGAGACGGCGCUGCACCACGCGGCCAAGGUGAGGAACGUGGACCUGGUGGAGCUGCUGGUGGAGUUUGGGGGCAACAUCUACGCCCGGGACAACCGGGGCAAGAAACCCUCGGACUACACCUGGAGCAGCAGCCCCGCGGCCAAGUGCUUCGAGUUCUACGAGAAGACGCCGCUGAGCCUGCUGCAGCUGUGCCGGGUGUCGGUGCGCAGAGCCGCCGGCCGCCGGGGCCUGCACCAGAUCUCCAAGCUGCAGAUCCCCCCUCGGCUCAUCCGGUACCUGUCCUACAACUGACAGAGCCAGGAAACCGGGAAACCCCGGGAAAACCCCGGGAAAACCCCGGGAAAACCCCAGGACAAACCCCGGACAAACCCGGGACAAACCCCACGGCCUCGGAGGAAUUCUCCUGCUCUUCUACCUCCCCCCCAAUUAAUCCCCGCGUUAAU